AUGGGAAAUGAUCGGCUGAGUAAUUUAUUGGUUAUAGGUAUUGAAAGAGAUAUUGCUGCAAAAAUCAAUUUAGAUGAUGCAAUAGAUGUUUUGGGAAAAAUGAAUGCUAAGAAAAUAAAUAUGAAACAUGACAAAGGUACAUUCUCUCAUUCAGAUAACAAACGUUUUAGAGCUGCAGUUUCUGGACCAUUCAAAACCAGUGGUUUAGACAUUUUGCCACAAGAAGAAUGGCCAGCCAAAAUAGAAAAAUUUAUUGAAGAAGAAAUGAAAGAUGAUCCACGUCUACAGUCAAUUCUACUAAUUAAAAACUGCAAUCCUAAUCAAUCCAAGGUGAAGAUUUGUAUUGAGUUGUUAAUUUUCUACAUAGAAAAUAUUAUUAAGUACCAAGAUGUAGAAAUGUAUCGAGAGAUUAGAUUAUCAAGUCAAAUAGUUAAGGAAAAUGUAUUACCAAUAAAGGGAGCAAUUGAAUUCUUAGAAUCUAUUGGUUUCACAAAAAAAAAAUUGUUAAUGGAAGAUCAUGAAGAAGAAUUCUUAGUUUUAGAAGACAGUAUGGAUGAUCUAGCCUUAUUGGAGAAUAGUAUUAAUGAUUUGAAAUCUGUAAAACGUAUAGAAUUAGUUCUAGAUAGAAACGUUCAAGUUCUAUUGCCAUCUAAUGCUGAAAUAAAAAUGGACCACCAAAAAGGGGCUGAAGAACUGGAAAAUCAAAUAGUCCUCAAAAUUCAAAAUAUGGAAAUUGAAAAACAGAAUAGUUCUAAUACAAACUAUAAAUAUUGUUUGAUUCGAAUUAAGUUUCCAGAUUAUUUGAUUUUACAAGGAAUAUUUGAUGUCAAUGAACGUUUGUCUAAUUUAUUGGAUUUUAUCAAAGAAAGUUUAUUUAAUGAAAAUCUGCCAUUCAAGUUGAAACUUGUGGAUGGACGUACAAUUGGAUACGCGGAUAAGAAUAUGACCUUAAGUGAAUUAAACUUAGUACCAACUGCGUUUUUACUAUUUAUUAUUGAUCCACUAUAUACUAAAAAAAAUCAGAAAUAUCCUUAUUUGAAAACUGAACUUUUAUUAUUGGUGUAG